AUGGCUGACAUUACAGUCAGACUCCGCCACCUGGCCCAUCCCAUCGAGCGCUUGAUGUCUAUCGCGGGCACUCCAGGUGUGUCCAUUGGUGUAGUGACCAAGGACAAUCCGAUAAUCUAUGACAAUUAUGGCUUUCGCGAUGUUGAAAGGAAGCUCCCUGUCACUGAAGAUACAAUCUUUCCGAUUUGCUCUUUAACCAAAGCCAUCACUGCCGCAGCACUUGGUCUCCUUGUUGAAGAGAAGAAAGUAUCGUGGGACAGCCUUGUCAAGGAUGUCCUGCCGACUUUCCACUCCGUGGACCCUAUUAUUCAUAAUCACACUACCAUAAGCGAUAUUCUUUGCCACCGUACCGGAAUGGGCUGGGGUGAUAAUCUCAUUCUUGGCACUGCAGGCAACGUUCUUCUCAGGUCGGAACAUGUCAUGAAAUUUAUCAACAACAGGCCUCUCAUACGUCCAUUCCGUGCUAAGUUUGGAUACAACAACCUCAAUUACGAAAUGGUUGGCUCUGUCAUUGAACAAGUCAGUGGACAGUCCUACUUCGACUUCCUGCAAAGCCGCCUUCUGGAUCCUCUUGGAAUGGAAAGGACCUUCUUCCAGACACCCUCAAAGAGUGUCGACGGUGUAGCAGUAUGCUACAACGCUCUCGAAAAUGCUUCCACGGUUCCCAUCGACUUCCUCAGGAUGGGCGAUGAUGGGUACGGUGCCGCUAACGGUGGGGCACGUUCGUCAGUCAAAGACUUGGUCAAACUAUACAGCAGCUAUAUGAAAGGCUUUAACUCCCAGUUCAGUGAGACUUCUGCCUCCAACGAGGACUCGCCCCUCAAGCAGCUAAACCAGAUCAUGUCUGGAAAGAUCCCCUCUGACCAGCCAUCGCAGCAUGAGGCCUCCUAUGCAUAUGGAUGGGGAAGAGUUCAGCUACCAGGCCGCCUCGGACAGAUCGGCCUCAACCCAGCAUUGCUCCCUAAUGCCUGGUUCUGUUUCAUCAGGGAAAGCCUUCCUGGCUCACUUACCUUUGUGGCUCUUUUGCCCGAGAUGGAGACUGUGAUCGUUGUUCUCACAAACUCACUCGCUCUCAAUGAUGCAGCAGACUGGAUCGGUCAGCUAAUAAUUGAAGAGAUUGUCAACGUACCGUCAGAGCUCAGAACCGACUUUACUAGGGAGGGUCGAAAAGCGGGAACAUCACCAAAGCCACUGACAGAGUACGUCGGCACUUACUGGGAUGACUUGCAAAUUUUCAAGGUUGAAGUCAGGGUUCUAGAGGACAAGCUCUAUUGGCUCAUGCAGGGUCUCGAAACAGAAAGGUUCAAAUUGACUCACUACCAUGAGGAUACUUUCACGUGGCUUGAGGCUCGAGACGAACUGGCGAGUAGAGGUCGGUGGGUUGGAAGCGACCAAGACGCGACAUUCUGGAAGGUGGAAUUCGGGGCCAACGAAUCUGGUAAGGUCAGAGAGCUGAUCUGGGUUCCUGACGUUGAGCUUCCACCGAUAAUUUACACAAGGUCAUGA